AUGAUCACGGAGCUGGCGUGCACCGCCGUGGCCGUGGGUCUCUAUCUCAACACGCUGGACGCCGAUUUCUGCUACGAUGACAGUCGAGCCAUCAAAACCAACCAGGACCUGCUCCCCGAGACCCCGUGGACCAGCAUCCUGUACGACGACUUCUGGGGCACCCUGCUCACGCACAGCGGCAGCCACAAGUCCUUCCGCCCGCUCUGCACCCUCUCCUUCCGCCUGAACUACAGCCUGCACGGCCUGCGGCCCUGGGGCUACCACCUGCUCAACCUCGCCCUGCACGGGCUGGUCACCGGCCUGGUCGCCGCCCUCGGCCGGCCGCUGCUGGGCGGGGGGCCCUGGACGCUCUUGGCGGGCCUCCUGUUCGCCGUCCACCCGGUGCACACGGAGGCGGUGGCCGGCGUGGUGGGGCGGGCGGACGUGGGCGCCGCCCUCUUCUUCCUGCUGUCCCUUCUCUGCUACGGCAGACACUGCGGGGCGCGCGGGGGCCGCUCGCCGGCCAGGUGCUGGGGCUGGAUGCUGGCCAGCCUGUGGUGCGCGGCGGCCAGCAUGCUGUGGAAGGAGCAGGGGGUGACCGUGCUGGCCGUGUCGGCCCUCUACGAUAUUUUUGUGUUCCAGCGACUCCGUUUGCGCCAGGCCCUCCUCCUUCUGCUGGGAAAGAAAAAGAAAACCGGUGUGUGGCUGAGUAUCUGCGUGCUGGCUUCCUGGGGAGUGUUUCUGCUGUCGGCCCGCCUCUACUGGAUGGGAAACAAGCCUCCUAACUUCUCCAACUCGGACAACCCGGCAGCUGACUCUCCGCAUUUUCUCACUCGACUGCUGACGUUCCUCCACUUGCCCGCGGCCAACGCCUGGCUCCUGCUCUGCCCCGACAAGCUCAGUUUUGAUUGGUCCAUGGAUGCCGUGCCCCUGGUCAGGUCCUUGGCUGACCUGAGGAACCUUCACACUGUUGCCUUUUAUACUGGAUUUAUGCUUUUGGCUGGCUUUAGCCUGCGAGGUCCUAAUUUAAAAGCCAAGGAAGCAAACGGGAAAGCCCAUGUAACCAAUGGGAAAUCGAUGACAAAUGGGAAUGGUUACCAUGCCCCCGAUACAAACCACAACACAGACCACGGGUUGAUGAAGACCAGCCUGAAUGGGUCAGCUGGACUUCACUCCUGUUCCCCGAAGCCAUCCCUCCCCCCGACAGAAAGCCUAGUCCUGUUUUCAUUAGGCAUCCUGGCCCUGCCUUUUAUCCCCGCCACCAACCUGUUCUUUUACGUGGGUUUUGUUAUUGCCGAGAGGGUCCUUUACAUCCCCAGUAUAGGGUUUUGCAUACUGGUUGCUGCUGGAGCUAGAACCCUGCACGUCAGGCUGAGGACUAGAGGCUGCAGAGUUGUGUUGAUAACUUUGUGCACGGGACUAGUACUGAUAAAUGGUCUCAGAACUAUUCAAAGAAACAAAGACUGGAGCAAUGAGGAAAAUCUGUACAAGUCUGGAAUUAAUGUGAAUCCUGCAAAAGCCUGGGGAAACUUGGGGAACGUUCUCAAGAACCAGGGGAAGAUGGCGGAGGCCGAGAGGGCGUACAGAAAUGCGCUUCACUACCGGGGGAACAUGGCCGACAUGCUUUAUAACCUGGGUUUGCUGCUGCAGGAGAACGAACGCUUCUCUGAGGCCCUGCAUUACUACAAGCUUGCAAUAGCAAGUCGACCAACUCUGGCAUCGGCUUACUUGAACACGGGAAUAAUCUUAAUGAAUCGGGGUAACCUGGAAGAGGCCAAACACACUUUCCUCACUUGUGCUGACAUUCCUGAUGAAAACCUAAAGGAUCCCCACGCACACAAAAGCUCUGUCACGAGCUGCCUGUACAACCUCGGAAAACUGCUCCAUGAACAAGGCCAGCAGGAGGAAGCCCUGUCGGUGUAUAAGGAGGCCGUGCUGAAAAUGCCCAGACAGUUUGCACCUCACAGCCUUUUCAACAUGAUGGGAGAGGCUUACAUGAGGCUGAACAGGCUGGAGGAAGCGGGACACUGGUACAGAGAGUCCCUCAGAGCAAAGCCCGACCACAUCCCUGCCCACCUCACUUACGGCAAACUCCUCUCCAUCAUCGGACAGAAGACAGAAGCAGAGAAAUACUAUCUGAGAGCAAUCCAGCUUGACCCGACAAAAGGAAACUGCUACAUGCAUUAUGGUCAGUUCCUGCUGGAACAGUCUCGUCUGGCGGAGGCCGCGGAGAUGGCAGAGAGGGCUGCAGAGCUGGAUAACUCGGAGUUCGAUGUGGUUUUCAGCGCCGCUCACAUGCUCAGACAGGCCAAUCUGAACGAGGCAGCGGAGAGGCAGUACGAGCGUGCAGCCAGCCUCAGACCAGAUUACCCAGCUGCUCUGAUGAACCUCGGCGCCAUUCUCCACCUGAACGGAAAACUCCCAGAGGCAGAGUGGAACUACCUGCGGGCGCUCCAGCUCAAACCCGAUGACGUCAUCACCCAGUCCAACCUGCGGAAGCUGUGGAACAUCAUGGAGCGGCAGGGGCUCAGGACUAAGGAUGGGCUCGGAACGCAGAGGGACGAGCUAUAA